UCUUUCUGGGAUUUCUUGCAUGUUCUCCAGUUGAGUUUGCCAAGUUCUGUUUUGUUAGUUUUUGACUUCUUCAAUCACAGAGACCCGUAAAUGCUCAUAACAAAGCGUGACCACGGAUUCUUCAAGUUCCGUGCACUGCACUGCUUCUUCUCUCUCACAAACAACAAGCCCCAUUUCUACAGCAACAUCACUAACACUUGUUCUCUAUGAAUUCCCAAAACUGACCCUGUAUAGAACCCACAUGUGGCAUGAUUCUUUUUCCACGUAAAGGGCAGUGAGAGGAACGUGUCACAUUCAUAGUAGUACAAUCAUCAAUAUCAUCCGUUUAUUCCCUUGUCUUGUCAAAUCUUGCAGCCUCCACUAGUUAUCUCUCUGUACUUUUUUUCCUUGCCAAGAAAAACAACAACAAAAAUACCAAAUGGUUACCAAGAACUAUGAUGAUCACUUCACAAGCGGGGUUGUUGUGAAGAUGGGUACGAUAAUGCUGCAGAGUAUUGGUCACUCAAGGCUCUUCUCGCUAUUUUUAUUCUUCACUUUCCUACUCUUUCUGCACAAAAACUGAAGUGUUUUGAGUUAAGGUGAUUCAUUGUUAGCUGGAACAUUUAGUUCAGAAUUCCAACAUGUUUUACAAUCAAAAGGGUAACGAGGAUGCCAAAGGUGAGUCUCGUUACAUGGAAACCGACCCAACUGGUCGCUAUGUCCGGGUUGGAGAUGUUCUUGGAAAAGGGGCAAUGAAAACAGUGUACAAAGCAAUUGAUGAGGUUCUUGGAAUGGAGGUAGCAUGGAACCAGGUGAGACUCAAUGAAGCACUUCGUACACCAGAGGACUUGGAGAGGCUUUAUUUAGAGGUUCAUCUUCUCAGCACCCUCAAGCACCAAUCCAUCAUUAGAUUCUAUACCUCAUGGAUCGAUGUUGACAACAAGACCUUCAACUUCAUCACAGAAAUGUUCACUUCUGGGACACUCAGAGAAUACAAGAAGAAAUACAAUCACGUAGGCAUACAAGCAAUAAAGAGUUGGGCAUGCCAAAUCUUAGAGGGUCUUGUUUAUCUGCAUGAACAUGAUCCUCCAGUAAUUCACAGGGACCUCAAAUGUGAUAACAUAUUUGUGAAUGGCCAUCUUGGACAAGUGAAGAUUGGUGACCUGGGUCUAGCGGCGAUUCUCCGUGGUUCCCAGCCAGCCCACAGUGUUAUAGGCACCCCUGAGUUCAUGGCACCAGAGUUGUAUGAAGAAGAAUAUAAUGAACUUGUUGAUGUGUACUCAUUUGGCAUGUGUGUUCUUGAAAUGCUUACAUCAGACUAUCCAUAUAGUGAAUGUGCUAAUCCUGCACAGAUAUACAAGAAAGUGACAUCGGGGAAGCUACCCAAAGCAAUUUUCCGGAUUGAAGACAUGGAAGCGCAAAGGUUUAUUAUCAAAUGCCUGGUACCUGCUUCAAAGAGACCGUCCGCAAAAGAAUUGUUGCAUGAUCCGUUUCUUGUGUCUGAUGAUGCAUCAUCCACACCUAAGAUUGGAAUGCAGAAUCCAUUUUUGAACUACAAUGAGAUGGAUAAACUUCAAUUGAGUGAUGGUUCAUCAAGGACUGCAAUGUCAAUAACUGGGAAGCUGAAUCCUGAAGAUGAUACUAUCUUUCUCAAAGUGCAAAUUUCUGACACGGAUGGUUCUGCUAGGAAUGUAUAUUUUCCCUUUGAUAUCUUCACUGACACCCCCACUGAUGUUGCAACGGAGAUGGUGAAAGAAUUGGAGAUCGCGGAUUGGGAGCCUUCUGAAAUUGCUAGUAUGAUUGAAGGAGAGAUAUCUUUGCUGCUUCCAAAUAGGAGGAAUAGUAACUGUUCACACAUCUGCCAUACAUUUAGUUAUCCAGAUGAUGAUGAUGAUGAAGGUCCUCAUCAUCGUUUCAACUCUGCCUCUUGUUCUUCAUCCCAAGAAUCAAUAUCUGGUUUAGCUAUCAGAGCUGAUGAGAUAUCAAAUGAACAUUGCUGGCUUCAUGAUGAUAUGCAUGAUGAUGCUAGUUCACAAUGCUCUUCACAUGGAACAUAUUCCAACUUGAACUUUUGUUCUAUGGACGACCAGGAGCACAAUGUGGCUUCUACAAGAAAAGAAAAACAUCCAAUCAUAAAGAGUCACAAGUUUACAAGGUUUUCACCUGGUGAAGACUUCAUCACUUUGAACCAGUGCAAAGUUCUAGCAGGACUACAAUCACCUUCUUCAAGUAAAAGUAAGAGGGUGAUAGAUAAUCGUAGAUUGACAAGGAACAAGUCACUGAUUGAUAUACAGAGCCAAUUACUUCACCGGUCACUAGUCGAGGAGGUAAACAAAAGACGGUUAUUCAAGACAGUUGGAGCAGUUGAAGAGAUUGGAUUUCAGACACCUUAUGAGGUUACCAGCAAAAUGUCACAGCCAGUGUAUAGUGCUUUGGAUGUGAACCCUUCAAGGAGUGGCAAGGGAGAAAACUUGUAAGAUUAAGAAAAGAAAAAAAAAGGUUGUCUCUUGAGCAUUGAACAAAAAAAUGUAUAUCUUGUGUGUGCUAGAGAAAAUAAUAAGGUUGAUGUGUUGUGUGGUUAUCAGACUUCUAAUAUUUAGCAUGAUUUGAAGGAAAAGUUUAACUUCAA